AUGGCGGAGGUAACGGAGAAGAAGGAGCAAUCUGUGGAUCCAGAUCCAGCUGUGGAGCACAUGCUGUUCGAGAUCCUCUUGAGUCUACCUGCGAAAGACGUAGGCAGGUUCCUCUGCGUAUCCAAGUAUUGGGCAACAACCAUCGCCGGCCGGGAUUUCGUCAGAUCAUACUCGCUCCGGUUCUCCCCGGAGAAGCAGCCGCCUCGCCUUCUCUUAGCUUUCAACACACAAGUAAAGGGUUAUCAAGAAGGUUGGUACUUUUUCUCCACACCCCAAUGUCUCCCUGAGCCAGAUCCGGUCUUGAGGACCACCCCAAGGCCGGAACCACGAGCUGAUUUUGUAUCAAGCUGGGAAUUUCAGUUCAAGAAACAGUGCUACAAGAAUCCUUGUUACGCUCAUGGGUUGAUGAGCUUCUUGUACGGCGAUGAACAGGUGAUUAGUAAUCCCACCACAGGCAAGUCCAUUACUUUACCACCAGCCACUGUCAGAUCCCAGGAAAUGGUCGUCAGAUCCUUUCUAGGAUAUGAUCCAAUCGAUGCUCAAUACAAAGUCCUCUGCUUGACCAAUGUUACUCGGUUCUGCGAACAUCAAGUCCUCACAUUGGGAUCAGCGGAUUCUUCUUCGUGGAGAGUGAUCCAGAACUGCAGCAUUGUUCCUCACUUUCCUGGAACCGACUCUGUGUGCAUAGGCGGCGUUUUAUACUACACUGCUUCUCCUUCUUCUCUUACCAUGACGGAGCCAUUCCUGGUGGGAUUUGAUUUGAGGUCUGAAGCUUUGGAGGUCGCUUCCGUGUUUCCCGAGGGCCUUGCGUCGUGUAAAGCCACGAAUUUGAUCAACUACCAUGGGAAAGUAGCUCUUGUCACCCAGACUAAUGGAGGCCACGUGUACGAUUUGGAUUUGUGGGUUUUGCAGGACGCCAAGAGACGAGAGUGGUCCAAACAAGGCCUGACUCUCCGUGUAGGUGACACUGGGAGUUUCCAUGGCCGUGUAGAAAUCUUGGGGACUUGUGAUUCGGGAGAGGUCGUCUUUGCGCCAAUCAAUUUUAGAGGGUUGGUGGUUGUUUACUAUCUGGAUCCAAAGACUAACCGGAGUAUUCAAAACACGACGCUUCUCAGCAGUCUUCAACAGAUUUGUCCUAAAAACGGCAGCGGAUCGGGGAUCACCAAUCUUGAUCUGAGCACACCUGAUGCGUUCGAUAACAAUUACUUCACCAACCUUCAGAGCAACAAUGGGCUUCUUCAGUCAGACCAAGACCUGUUCUCUACCACCGGUGCAGCCACGAUUGCGAUUGUUGCUUCCUUUGCAAGUAACCAGACUCUGUUUUUCCAGGCCUUUGAUCAGUCCAUGAUCAACAUGGGGAAUAUUAGUCCCUUGACGGGGAGUAGUGGAGAGAUUAGAUUAGACUGUAAGAAAGUUAUUGGAAGUUGA